UUGAGCGAAUCAUUCCAGAAAUUGCAGGCGGCUUCGAGAACCAUGCCAACAGACUCCUGGCUUAUAUGAUUUAAGAUAUACCCGCCAACUCAUAGACGUACCACACCGACCACAUCUCAGCUAUAUACUUCAGAAUAACAACAGAUAUACAAACGGAGAUUUACAUUGCCGUAGACUAGCUCAUUAAUUUGUUUGUCAGGUCUGCAGGGAAACUGUUGCCCGACAUGGCUUCGCAGCCUGAGGAAGUCUUUGUGCGACCCUCUACCUCGCAUGAGGCUGAGAUACGUCAGAAAUGGGGAGACCUCAUGGAAGAAUUGCAACUACAAGAAAUUUUCCUGGAAUCGUUGCUCGAUACACCAGAAGACACGCCAGAGCAGAGGGCCGAGUUCUUAACGGCCAUUAAAUCAAUCAAAGGGGAGCUUAAAAAGCUCCACAAACAACGUGGCUUUGGCCAGUCGUCUUCCUCAAGAUCGAACGAGAACAAAAGCAGCAGCAACAACAUUAACAACCACAACAGAAGCAGCAGAAACCAGCCCUCAUCAGCCAUGUCGGGUUUGAAGCGUCCGGGUAUUAUGAGACUGGCUCGAAUACGCUUGCUUCUCGUGUCUACCCUCAGCUUGGUGAUCAGUCUAGAGGAGCAACGGACUCCACGAACGGCAAUUCUGAAGGCAGAAUCAGAGAUCGCAAGCGUUCAUUCGCUUCGCAUCUUGGUGUCAAGGAUCUGUCUCUGCCUGACAACAAGUCUAGAAGAACGACCCCGAAUCCACAUGGAAGCUUUUCAAAUACUGCCAUCGAUGGAUUGUCUGGAUAUAGCGACUCAAGCUCAACUAUCGACCUUAGUGGGGAUGAGAGUGGUGAGGCAACCUGGAAAAUCCAGUACAGAGAAGAGGAGGAGAGGCUGCGCCGUCGUAAGGAGCAAGAAGAAGAUGAUGCGUACUGGGCUCGACAGCUCCAAACAGUGGAGGACGAGCGUGGUUUCCCUGAUCAACAGCCUGCACAUCCUGGAUUCAGCGCUUUUGAUCGCGUUCGGAAUCUGACAUCUCAAACUUCCCCAGCGAGUGAAGGACAACCCUUUACGGGGUUUUCCAACAUUGCAGGUGCCUUCCCAAGCUCUGUUGAUACUGGUUCAUUUAGUACCGGAAUCCCAUCCCACAUCAAAGCCGUACCUUUGUCCUUCACUG